UUAACAAAUUACCGGAAGGGUACGAGUACGGUAAAAGAAAAUGCGUUGAUAUCGAAAGGGUCAAACAAAUUGCUGCGGCUAUCGCAAAACCAAAGCCCAAGAUAAAAAAGAAAAGGAUACGAGCCGUAAAUUGGACAAGCAUGAUGGUUAUAUUGUACUUUGUAUGUGCUCUUUUGGGAAGCGCGAUAUCCUUCGAUGGAUCUGGAUUGAUAGCCUUUGAUUGCGGAAAUCCGGAGGUCAAUCUUACGAGCUACUCCCUGUUAGAUGUAGCUUCAUGUAUACCACCCUCGAACAACUUGUCGACAAGCGAAUUGCAAAUACAAGUAUUGCAGAGGAGUGUUAAAAGUGAAGUCAAGGCCUAUCAAUGUAAAGUAAUAGCCAAGAGGAGGAUUAAGCAUUGCGGAAUGCAUUCUCACACUUCAGAAUAUGAACGCGGCUAUGAAUACAUUGUGAAAGAGUUCACAUCCGAAGAAUGUCAUUUAUCACAUCAGCUAGGCAUAAUUAAAUUAGCUUACGAUCAUCAACUGCGCGAAUUGAAACGCAAUGCUACCACUCGCGGAGAGGCACUGAUAGUGGGAUCAGUUUGGGGAAGCCACUGUAAAGGAGGCACCUACCGAACUCCAAAAUAUACUUGGGAAGAUGCCUUGGUUUAUUACGAGUAUGAGAUCACAUUGCGAGAUUACAUGGCAGUUGUAGAUCAUGAAAAUGAUGUUAUACACUUGAGAAACGGUCUCACAUGCAGAUUUUCUCAAGGAAAAUGUUUAGAUUCGGAAGACGGAUACAUAACAUGGGACGCCGUCUCCAACAACGGAUGUGAAGAAUCAGAAUACGAGGUAAUUUAUGAGGGUUUGGUAAAUCGAACCCAAAACGAAAAAAGGGAUAAACAUAACAAAAUCUCAAACGCCGUCUAUAGCACAAUUUCAGACACACAUCUGUUCUCUAUUAGAGCUAGGGAAAAGACAAAAAUUUGUGGGCACUUAGGUUUUAUGACCGAUCAUCCUCGUAUCGUUAUUGUUGAAGUGGUAGGCUUCAACUCUCCUUUCAAAAGGAAAUCUACGACGGGUAGAAACUUUGAUUUAUUUACAUAUUUCAAUUCCAAAAUAACCCUAGUAGAAAACUAUAUUGGGAAAAGCAUGUCGGAACUUUACAGCACGGUUAUGACCGAAAUGUGUAAAGUAGACAAAACACUGAUGGAAACCAAAUUAACACUGGCACGUCUCAACCCUACAGAAUUUGUAACCAGUAUCAUAAAACGAUCUGGAUACACCGCUGUGGUGGCAGGAGAAGUUUUGCACGUAUUGGAAUGCAAACCAGUUUAUCACCAGUAA